AGUAGUUGUGCUUCCUCUUGAAAGGCGCUCGAGGCGCGUUUAUUUCAACACAUCAUGGGUGGUUCCUUUACCUAGCCUGUGCUCACCCAAACUUCUAAAGUCCUACGGUAUCUUUAAUUAAUUGUGCUGAUGAUGGCCGGCGCUGAUGAUGGAAGCCACAACAGCGGCCUACACGCUACAGCCUACAGGGCAGAUCGAUGAGCAUCCUGCGUAGGUUCCGACGUUGUCCGCCCCGCAUCACCUCCAAAGACUGAACCAGAGGCUACUUUUUUAGGUACCUAGAUGUCAUGCAUCGGUCUGCACACCACGCUGCCCAACGAGGGGAUGUAAAUUGCACAAUUGCAUCGCCUGCUGAAGUUUCCCGUCAAGCUGGACGAGCAUGAUUGCCCAGGAUGGAGUACAAGCUUGGUACUCUGGUGCUGCACAAGCUCAAGGGAUUCCCGGAGUGGCCUGCAAUGGUUUCAUCAUGCAAAGCCAAGAAGAGUGCAUCAAUACCGGGAUAUGUAUUUGUGAAGUACCUAGGUCUCCCAGAACGUUUCUGGGCACCGGUGGCCGAGCUGGACGAGAUUACGGGUGACAUCCUGAGCAGCCUCAAGGAAAGGGCUAGAUCCAAAACAAUAAAGAAGAAGUGGAGAGUCAAGUUUUCUAAUGCAGUCCGGGAGUUGGAAAAGCUGUGGGCUGAGCGGAAAGGCGGUCAGCAGAGUCCUGUGAACGAGGUUUCGGACGGUUCCCAAGAUUCCCCUUUCUUUGAUGCGGAGGACGGCGAGGUUGGCGGAGACGACGAGGUUGAGUUUGUGGGAACUUUGUCGAGCCUCACCGGGAGCGGCGUUGGCUCCGUGGAAAACCCUGAUGACAAGUCCAAGCUGGAAACAGGGGCGCUAGUUGGUGGGGAUUGUGGGGAAUGGGGGCCCAAGGCGGGAACUGAAAUCUCCCAGGAGGACGGCAUCAAGGCAGUGGGGAAAGAGGGGAAGGCCGUCACCCGAGGGAAACGAGAGCGGCCUCGUGAGGAGGAUGCGGGCGCAAAACAUCGAAAGAAACGUGUGAAGACGGGAACAGAAGGUGCAAAGGACAAAAGCGCGGCGAUCCGCGCGCCAUUCACAGACUCGAAGCUGGCAGCAGGGGACGUGGGGCCCCGUGGGCGGCCGAAAAGUGAGAGGAGGGAUUCCCCAGCUGUGCUGGAGGAAGAAGAAUCCGAGCAGCAACUAGAGUUGGCUGCUAGCCCCAACGACGCAGCCGUCAUCAGUCAGGGGCUUGAGGACCCUGGGCAGGGUGGGCUGGUGGGGCGCCCAGGUGGAGAGAAGCCGGCUGCCUCCAAGAAAGGCUCGAAACAGAGGGUCGGAGAAGGUGCAGACGAGCAGGAGAACGGCUCCGGUGACGGAAUGCAAAUGGUCGAAGAGAGACCAGAGAGCAGAAACGGGCUUGGUGCAAUGAGGGAGACUGCUGCAGGGGAGGGCACAGCCCACGAAGAGGAGACGUGCAAGGGGCAGCCGGACACAUGUGAAAGGGGAGGCAGCAAAGCGGCUGUGAAGAUGGACCGGAAAGAAGAGGAUACUGAUCCGGAUUCGAAACCAGGCAACGAGGGGGAGGCUUUGCCUGUGGCUGUGCCAAUUGAAGGAGCCGGGUCGCAGGGGGCGGCUCUUGCAGAGGUUGUAGAGCCUUGGCGGAGGCCAGGAGAUGAGGAUAUGGGAGGGGCUUCAAAGGGGCAAAGGAAAGAGGACCAGGAAGUAGAAAAAGGAAAAACGGGUGUGUAUGGAAAAAGCGCAAAAGGUCCUCCAGGCGAUGGUUCAUUGGGGGUGGACGCGGAGAGCGCAGAUGGAGGAGCAGUGUCUCCUGAGCAGGAGCAAGGGGCGAAGGUGGCAUGGCUGGCGGAAGCGGUUGGCAGUGGUGCUGGGGUAGAAGGAAUGAACCAAAGGAAGAAGGAAUUCAAGCGGCUGGAAAAGGGCAAGGCGGAGGGUGCGCCUUCGAACAAGGAGAAAGAGGGUACAGUGAAAAGAAGAGCGCAUGCGCAGGAAGAGGCCCUGGGUGAUGGUGAGAAAAGGGGGCUUGGGGGGAAAGGAAGUGCUCUGAUUGCUGAGGGGGCUCAGUCGGAUGCCGAAACGGUCUCGACGCGGCCGCUAUCGGCGAGAAGGCGGCUGAAGAAGGUGGGUGAGGGGCAGAGUUCAGGCGGUAAAGAGGGGGACCGCCCUCCUAGCAGGAAGCGGGCGGAAGGGGAGAAGGAUGAUAUAGAUGAGGGACCGGUGCCGUCGGAGGAUGAGGCAGGUGCAGUUGUUACAAAGCUAGCCCCUGAGUAUCAUUUGGGCAGAGAAGGGCGUCAGAAGGAAUGGAAGCAGCACUUGGACGAUGAAGAAGAGGAGCAUGAUAUUGGGGCAGAGGGGGAGGUCAACGAGUCACGGCCCUCGAGGAGGGAAGGAGAGCUGUCUGAGGAUGUCCCAUUGGCAUUUAAGGCACGCCCAGGCAGUAAGAAGAGCAAGGAAGGUCGGUUCCAAGGGGCCACUGACACUAGGGGAAGCGGUGUUUUGAAGGGCAGUUUGCAAAGCUGUGCAGCGGAAGGCUCUGGUGGCGAGGAGGAAGGAGGGGCAGGGUCGCCGCCUGCCCAAGGAGGGGCGGUUGAGGCAACUGAAGAGGCCAAACUGGGAGUGGAAAGAAGCGACCUCGUCGUUAAGGCAGCUGAUUUAAAGGCCGACGGGGCUGAAGUGCAGCCGCCUUCAACAAGGAGGCGGCUUAAAAAGGUGGAGGAGAAGCAAAAGUUAGGAGAAAUGGGAGCAGACCGCCCUUCAAGCGGGGAGCCUGUGAAGAAACAGGGGAAAGCGGGAGGCGAGGAUGAGGGGUCGUCAAUGAUUGGAGCAGGUGCAGACUCAAACGAAAACCUAGCCGCUGGAAAACUUUCUGAUAGGAAAGAAGGGCGUUCGACAGGUGCUGAACAGACGCCCAAAGGUGCAGGAGCACAGGGAGAUGCUCGGUUAGAGAGCAAGGUCAAGGAGGGGCGGCCCUCUGAGGAAGGAAAGAUUCUGAAGGACGUCUCAUCGGCGUCACCGGGGGAAAAGAAGGAGCGGAGGGGCCAGCUCUUGGUGGCCCCUGAAACAGAGCGGGGAAGCGCCGGCGAAGUUGGUCUGGAGAGCUCGGCAGGAAAGGGCUUCGCUGGCGAGGCGGAAGAGGGGCCAGGUGUCACACCGGAGGCUGAGCCACAGAACGAUGGGCGUGGAGCGAAAAAGAAGGGCACGGAGGGGUCGGAACUUCUCCAGAGAUUGGAGCCGGGAGUUCCGGAAGAGAUUCGGGACAAAGUCGAGGAAAGUGCGGAACGGGAACAGGCAGAGCCUGCAAAGGAGAGCGGGAAGGUCAAGAAAACCGGCAAGGGGAAAUCACUCGUGGGUGCUGCUGCAAAGGACCGGAAGGCUGAGGAAACGGCGGUUGACGGGGCUCGCACUCGACGGAGGCUCGGGGUGGUAGCGUUCCGAAGCCCAGAGCAUCUUGGGGGGGAUGAAAAGAACGUGGCGGAAACGCCUGCAAGCCCUGCAAGGGGAGGCGGGGCGGGGGCUAUUGAGGGGAGGAAGCGUUUGAGAAAGGUCGGGGGAUCAUCCCCUCAAAGGGAGGGCUACGAAGGUGCAGAGAUGGAGGGAGAGACAAGGAGGAGUUCGGAGCCUCGUGAGGGGAUGGAGAAGAAAGCGGGGGAAGCGCCUGCGAGCCCAGAACGCGCGGGCGGGCAAGUGGGUAGGGAGGGGAAGAAGCGGUUGAGGAAGGUCGGGGGAUCCCCUCCCCCGAACAAAGCGGAGGACCAAGACGAUGUAGAAGUGAAGAAGGCAAGGGGAAACAAGGAUCGUUCGGAAAAGGCAGGCGGAACGCCAGCGAGCCCGGAAGGUGCGGGCGGGGAAGGGAGGAAGCGGUUGAAGAAGGUGGGAGAGACAAGCCCAGCAGCCAAAGCAGAGGGCCGGGAUGGGGAGGAGAAGAAGCGGGCGACGGGCCCAGAGAGGCUGCUGCAGCUGGUGCACAAGGCGGAGCGGGAAGACCAGGAACUGAUCCAGAAGCAUGGGAAAGAGGCGGGGGGUGCGGCAAAGAGGAACCUGCCGGAGGCGCAACAGAAGUUGAAGCGCGCGUACUCGGAAGCUGACAAGCAGAAGAACUCUCGCAAGACAAUCGAGAUCAACACCAAGGCCGGCUCCCCGCCGCCCGCCAAGCGCCUCAAGGCCCUCGAAGCGUCCGGCCCUUCCGCUGCGUCCAAUUCGACGCCCAAGUCCGUCUCCCUUCUUGCAAAGAGCCAAAAACUCUCAAAGCAAUCCAUAUUUUUCCCAAAGGAGGAGCGCGACAAGCCCAAAAGCGGGACCGCUGUACCUGAGAACGGGAAAAAGUCGCCAGAGGGUUUACUGAGCUCCGACUUGACCCCAAGGGGCGACGCAACCACGCCCCUCGCAAAUGCCAAGACCCCGAAAGUCGGCUUACAGGCAAACCUCGCAACACUGGCCCUUGCGAGGCUCUCUGGCGCCAAGGCAUCGCCCUCUGCGGAACGGGACAGUCCCCUCAGAAGGGGGCAGAAGCCGGGGCAAAUACCACCCCCCGGCUUCAGCGGCUUGGCGGCCAAACCGGGGAAGAUCCUGGUCGAUUCGUCCAAGCCGGCGCCGCGCAUCAAGGCGGGCCCCUCGCGGUGGGACGCUGCAGUGCCCGCUGCUCAGGUGACGUCAGCAGGGGCCCAUACAACGUCAGCGGCUGUAUCGAUCCCAGCGCCGAUGCCAGCAUUGGUACCACCAGUGUCAGCAUUGAUGCCGCCGUCGUCAGCACCAGUGCUGGUGACGUCAGCGGGACUGCCGACGGUUUACAUGAGCAUGCAGCCAACCACCGGAGCUGCCGUCGGAGGGCCGUCUGCAAACGGAAACUUUUCCGGCGGAGGGGGGUCAGCUCCGGUUGUGGUAGACCCCCGGAUUGAGGCGGAGUCGCGUGUGGCGCUGGAUACGUUUGCCAGCUUCCUGGACACGCUGUGCCGGUCCAAGGAGAGCAUCACCAAACUGACCAAGGUGGCCAUGGACACAGGGAGGACGGCAGGCGCGGCCAGGGUGAUCGACCUGAUCAUCCAGCGCGCGGCGGACGAGGCAGUCCCCUCCAAGCGCGUCGACUUGCUCUUCCUGAUCGACUCCAUCACACAGCACGCCUUCCAGCUGUCGCUCAAGGACAAGAGCCGGCCCGAAAAGGAUUUCCCCACAGCUGUUGCGGAGUCUCUGCCCCGCAUCCUGGCCGCCGUGCUGCCACCGAACAAGCCCGAGGCGGAGCCCGACAACUACCACCAGUGCCUCAAGGUGCUGAGCAUUUGGAUGGAGCGGCAGAUCAUGUCGGAGAAGCUGCUCGCGCACUUUCUGCGGGAGCUCAAGAAGCACAACGAGGACAAGGUGAAGGCCGCCGCGGCCGCAGCCCUCGCGGCGCCCCCCCCAAAGAAGGCCAAGCGCAGCGAGCGCUCCGCGGGGGACGUGCUGCGCAGCUUGGACGACAUGCUGGACGACGAGUAUGGCACUCAGGUGGGCUCCGCUGGCCUUGAUUUCUUGAAGCUGCGUGGCAACACGGACGAAGACGAAGAGUACGAGGAAGAGGAGGACCGUGCGCCCACCCCCGAGCCCCCCGCCCCCACCAGAGCGAACGCAGAAGCUGCGUCCAGCCCCCCAGAACGGGAAGCCGUGUCUAGCCCCCCAGAACGGGAAGCUCGGGAUAGACUAGCCGAGCUGGACUCCCCCUUCCAAGAAAUCCUGGAGGGUGAGACGUUCUCCGGACCUUUCGAGGGGGGUGCGCGAGCGGAGGAAGGCGGACACAAAGGACAAGAGUCCUCCAUGGCCCCCGGCGAGAAUCUGCUGCAUGCCGCUUAUGCCAGCUAUGACGGGGACCUGGGAAUGGCAGGCUUGGGGGAAGCCCCUCCCCCCCCACCCGGCGAUGCACCCCCCCCGCCGCCCUUGGAAGGCGAGGAGCCGCCGCCCCCACCAAAUGGCUCGCCCCCUCCCUCGCCCCCACCCCCUCCUCCGCCCCCAAUGGACGAUCUUGUGGCGGGGCCCCCUGUGCCUAGCGACUACGACCCCUUCUCCUCACUUCAGGAUUACACAAAUGCCCCCCUGCCAAGGUACCCCGCUAGUUAUGGGGGCCCACCUCAGGGGGGGCUGUAUCAGGUUCCAAUUGUAGAAGCCGCGGAUAUGUUGGGGGGUCCCGGAGCCAGUGCGCAAGAGCAAAACACCACCCCCCAGGGGUUGGGUUCUCACUUGGAUGGCGCCCCCCAGAACGGGGGCGGCACUGGCUUGAGCCCAUUCAGCCCUGACGACGAAGGUCCCCCAGGCGAGGAAAUGCACGGCGGGAGGGUUCUGCGAAACGAGAGCGAAGGGCCGAGCGAGAGCUCGCCGGACGAUGCCGGCAAGCCGGGGAUUGCCCUCAAGAAGGAGGCGAGACGGCUCAAGUGGUUCGCAGCAAAUAUGGCAGGGGUUCAGAUCAUGGCGCGCGCGAACCCGGCGAUGUACGCGCCUCGCCCCGCCGCUCCCAACCGGUCCACACAGCCUCCGGGAGUUCGACCGAUAUCGGGGGGCCAGCCGCAGGCGCAGGACAAAGCACCGGGGCCAGCCGCCGAACCGCCGCACGAGCAGAGAGGCGCCCCUCCAAACACAGUCCAAGAGGGGCAUUCUUCCUCUCAGUGGAGAGGAGGGGCCGCCGCCAGGUUUUGCACCGCCGCGGCCGCCGUUCGGUGGGCAGGCGGGGCAAGCUGGUGGCAUGCACCUACAGGGCGCUCCACAGCCCUCAGGGCCACCAAUCUCCAACGCCUCUUCCAACUAUGCGGGCCCACCCUUCCCAGGCCCACAACCGACAGCUCAGCUUCCCCCAAUGGGCACCCCUGUAUAUCAAUACAACAGCGCUCCCCCACAGCCCGGUGGCCCCCGGCCCAACUCUUUUCAAGGCGCGUUUGGAGGGAUGGCAACCGCUUUCCCUCCCGUGCAAGCCGCAGGGUUUCCAAACGGGGGUGGAGUGAACCCGAUGGUCGGGUACGCGGGCGGGAUAGGGCCUUGCCCCCGGCAGAUGGGCCCGGCAAUCAGGGCACAGUCCGGGAUGCACGGUCAAGCACCGCCGAUGGGUGCUCCGCUGAAUCUGCGGCCAGGGUUCGCGCCAACCAGAGCACAGAUGGGGCAAGCGUUCCAAAAUCCGCAGUUCCAGAACCCGCAGUACUAUGGCCCUCCAAGACCAUCUUCCGGAUAUCAGCAAUGAGUCGGUUCGAAGUAUUGCAGUGUUCAUGUGUCUGAAAGAUGGCUGCUAGCACACGUGAGCAUGCGGGCAGAGCAUCACCUUCCCGCUUCGUCAGACGGUCUUUGCAACAAGGACAAACCGUUGUCAGAAAGGUAUAGAUGUUCAGUCAACCACAUUCUUGAACUCGAACUUUUGAAUG